AUGAACAAUAUCAAUUCAGGGCGCACUUCCCAAUCCGGGGAGUCACAAUAUGAACAAUUUGAUGACUUCACCACCUUAACUUUGGCCACUCUUUUUACUAGUGGAAGUCGUGGAGCUUCUCUGCUUCACACGGUAAGCGGGUCGUAUAGUAGUGCUGAAUUAGCAUCACCAAAAAGCCGAUAUAUCGUUGGAUCUUGUCUCUUUUUGCGAAAAUCAGUUGAUCAGUACUUGCACGAGAGACUGCGGUAUGAAGUCUCUCUACGAUAUUACGCUCUGGAGACCGCAACACAUACCACCACCGCUUCGGUCUUUUAA